AAUUGGAGUUGCCCCCUUUCUUCCCUUGCUCAAAUCAUAUUACAGCCGUUAGAGUCAUCAGAGCGGCGGCAAUCAGGAGUCUGUUCAAUCAAGGUGAUUGACCUCCAUUAAUGGCGGCGACCGGUGCUUCUUCAUCGAAUGUCGAUUCCUUCAGGAUCUCAGAUUUACAAGAGCAGAUACAUUCUCUGCGGCAAGGUGUUUCUUCGAGUCUGGGUGAAUAUUGCACCAAACUCAAAACCCUUUGGAACGAACUGAGCAGGUUUCGGCCCCUCCCCGUCUGUUAUUGCAAUCCAAAGUGCAGUUGUGGAGCUCUGGGGGUGAUACAAAAGCACCGGGAAGAUGACCUCGUCAUCUGUUUGUUAAAAGGCCUGAAUGAGAACUACUCCGGCGUCCAGUUCCAGAUCAUGCUUAUAAACCCUCUUCCCAACUUAGGGAAAGUCAUGGAAAUUUUGCAGGACCGCGAGCGCCAGUUAUUGCAAGAAGGCACAUUGUCCCCUCCUCAAGAAACUCAAAGGGGCUCCGAUUCGAAAGGGAAAAGGGCAAUGUGGGAAAGGUCUCGUGAUGAUCAUCUCGACGCUCGAAUAAGUUCGGAAGUGGGUUCUUUUCAAUGGAUCACUCCUUUUUGGAGUAACAUUGAGCACAUGGUGACUGGAGUUCACCCCGAAUCCACACAGUUACGCUUGGUGUCACAUUGUCAACCUAGGCUAGAUAUGGCAGGUAAGGACUCUCAACACACAUCAUCCCCAUGGCCACACCUUCAGGCAGAGAUUCUGGCUAUGAUUUCAAACCGCCUCGAAGAAGACAUUGGCAACCUUCGCCUCCGCUCUGUUUGUUCUAAUUGGCGCUCCACUGUUCCCCUUCGCAAACCUGAUUUAUGGGCCUCUUUCAAACCCCCCUUCCCUGCUUUCAUCAACCCCAAUCGCCCCGGAAACUUCAUUCUUUCCAGCAGCACCAUCUACUUACUCCAAUCAGCUCAACCCACUUCGCCAUGGUGGUUGAUCCGGGUAGAAAGAAAAAGAGGCUUUGGGAAAUUCCGCCCUCUGAGCCCAUUCUCCAGAACUAUGACCGAGGAUCAUACCCCAAAGAGUUUUCCCAGAGGGCUUAACUUGCUGGAUGUUCGGAUUCGCGAAAUCGGAAAGGCAUAUAGUUUGGAUUUCUUCGAACAUGGCAAGAAGAUGGAGACAAAUCUUUACGAGAUGAGCCGCAGGAAAGUGGUCAUGUCUUCAGUUCCCUGGACCAGAAACUCUGGUGAAGAAGGGGGUUAUGCUGUUCUCGCGCUUUUCUCUGGAAAGUUGGCGUUUAUAAGAUUAGGCAAUGAGAAUUGGAGUCAAAUUACCUGUCAAGGUGGGGCUACUUAUUAUGAUAUUCUCUACAGUAAAAAGAAAGAUGUGUUCUAUGCGCUUGAUACGUUAGGUAGGCUCGUUAUGAUUGACAAGGAUCUUAAGGCGAAGGAGAUUGUCUCUAAAGAGCAUUUUUGCUAUAGUCGCUCAACUCGCAAAGAAAGGUACUUGAUUGAGUCUAAUGGAGAUUUGUUCUUGGUCCACAUGCUUCCUGAGCGAGACUAUAGCAUUUUAGAAGUGUUUGAAGUUGAUGUUCUUAAGCUCAAUGAAAAGAGGGGAGACUGGGAUUACUAUGUGGAUUCAUUGGGCGUUGAUCAAGUAUUUUUUGUCGGGGAAGAUUGUUCCUAUGCCGUGCCAGCUCAGGAGUUUGGAUUGGAGAGCAACUGCAUUUACAUAUCCGAUGAGCGUUUCAUGUAUGACAAUGAACAAGAUGCAAAACAUGGAGGCAUAUGCCUCGACGGUGGCGUUUACUGCUUCACUGAUGGAACUUGCGGGCCUUUUGCUUCGUACCCUGACCGUUGCAAGAUUUUCUUGAACUCGCCUGAAUGGCUCAACGGCCCCGAGGCAAAAGCUGGCAACACCAAGGGGAAAAGGCGCGGUUCCAAGAAAUCAAAGUAAGAUUUUCAGCAUUUUCUUUUCAUACUUUUACAAUACCCAUGCAUCUCGAGUCCUGACUGGAUAAGUAGUAGUAUGCUUAAUACUUUUU